UCACAUGCUCCUUACCAAUUCAAAUUAUCAGUCGUGUCGUGAGAUACCACACCAUGAGUAUUUAUAACGCUUUCCUCACAUCCCAGAUACGGCCGCCAUUCACAUGAAGAUAACCCACACCCAAGCCCUCCAAAUCAGGAAGGUGACCGCCAAGUAGGGCCCCUCAACUUGGCAACAACUGAUCAGGCAAAGAAUGGCGCGCCGGCACCGGGAUUGGGUAGUUGGAUAUCGAAUUUGAAAGAGCAAUAAAAGGCCAUGGCUUCCCCCAAUUACAAGGUGGCGCGUUUCGCAAUUGCAAAGAGAUGGCAGCGUUUUCGGUACUGCUGUUUGCGGCAGCAGCUCUGGCGCAGACAGAAUAUGGCAACAAUCAUGUUACGGUGAAUCUGGACGCGCAGAUUGUCGAGCAGAACGCGUUUCCGGCUCCGAAAGUUACGCUUUAUAGUCCUGCGUUUAGCGCGAAUGCUUCUUUUGAUCCUGGGUGGAGUCAGGGGACUGAGGGCGCGACUAGUCAUGAGGAGUUGGAGUUAUUCCUGAGUGGUCUUGCAACGAAGAAUCCGUCGUGGAUGACAUACAAGGUUGCCGACUUCCUCAGCGAAGAGGGCCAUACGUUCCCUUAUGUCUACCUAUCCAGUUCAUCAGUCGCUUCUGGCGCCCAAAACAACACGUCGAAAUUAAGGGUAUGGAUCCAGGGAAGUGUGCAUGGCAACGAACCCGCAGGGGAUGAAGCGACUCUCGCGCUGCUGGGAGCCAUGGACCAGGAUCCAACGUGGGCUGCCGGAUUCCUCGAGAAGAUGGAUAUCGUCGUACUUCCACGGUACAACCCCGACGGAAACGCCUACUUCCAACGCACGCUGGCGACAAACUAUGACCCGAAUCGCGACCACACCAAGCUUGCGCGUCAACAAACACGCGACAUCAAGAAGGGGUUUAGUAAAUUCGCGCCACACAUUGCCAUCGACAUGCACGAGUACACUGCAGGAACCCGCUACGCAGGCAACUACAGCAACGCAGCAGACGGCAUGUUCAGCGCCGCAAAAAACCUAAACAUCCACGCCUCCAUCCGCAACCUCUCCGAAUCCCUCUUCGCCCCCGCAAUCAACGCAUCCCUCACCUCCAAAUCCCUCCGCGGCGAACCCUACAUAACAGCCGCGCACACAAACCCCCCCCGCCUAGAAGAAGCCGGCACCGACGCGAAAAUCGGACGCAACGCCAUGGGCCUAACACAGUGCAUAACCUUCCUCUUCGAAACGCGCGGCAUCGGAAUCGCAUCGCAGUCCUUCGCGCGCCGCACACAAGCCGGUCUACAAAUGAUGCUCGGGGUGUUGGAAACCGCGCGCGACGACGCAGAGACGGUGUACACGACUAUCGAAAACGCUAUUGCUGAUGUCGUAGCUAGUAGGGAGGAUAUCAUAGUAACGGAUUACACGACGUGGGCGAAUCGCACGUAUACUAUGGUCGACCGCCGCUCGGGCGUGGUCGUGCAAAUCCCCGUCGAAUUCGCGAGCACGACGCCUGCGUUUGCGAAUCUGACCCGCUCGCGUCCCGCAGGCUACAUCAUCCCGCGCGCGUGGGCGGAUCUGGCUGAGCGCCUCAAAGUAUCUGGGCUGGAGGUCGAGACGAUGCGCGAUGUGUUCACCGGCCAAGUUGAAGCGUAUAAUAUUACUUCCUCGAGUCUUGGUACAGCGUACUACGAAGGCGCGAUUCUCAACACCGUGACGACGCAGAUGCUGGUGCGGGAUGUGAUGCUCCCCGCGGGCAGCUUUUUUGUGAGUACGAGGCAGAAGAACGCGGGGCUGGCGUUUGUGGCGCUCGAGCCGGAGAAUAUCGAUUCGUAUGUGAGUUUUUCGAUUGUGGCUGUUGAGGUUGGGGAUGUGUAUCCCGUGUUUCGCGUGAUUUAGGCGUGGAGGAUUGUUGUGUUGUGGGGUACGGCGGGUUUCGCGGAGAGUUGAAGUGUUGAGACGUUGCUGGAUGCAAGGCAAAGAUAAUGAAGAUGUAAUUUGGUUGACGUACACGCUAUGGGAGCUGGAGCUGUUUGAUAAUCGUAGAUUUAUAGACACUAGCGUGUUGGUGGUGGAGUACGGUAGAGGAUCUUGUAAUGCAGAUUUUCCGGU